AUGGCGAACCCCACUCAGCGGAAUAUGGAGGUACUUAUGGCAGAACGGGCUAAUCUGGCCUUUCACAAUAAAGUGAUAGAUGGAACUGCCAUUAAACGGCUAAGGAAACAUCCGCGGGAAGGCCCAGAGAUCAUAAAGGAUGGGAUGGGAAUGGAGGCAUUCCAGCCCAACAUACUCCGCAUCCCACUUUUUUUUACUACCCAAGGCUUCGAGACAUUUCAAAAUCGAGAAAUUUCUACUGGAGCAAGUGCUAUCCGAGAACAAUUAGCUGAUCUGGAUUUGCGAAUUAUUAUAGAUUAUUCGUUGGUAGAAUGGAAAGAAUUAGGGGAAGAAAGCCCCACAGGUAAUGAAUGGGAAGAUCAAAAAGUUGGAAGAAGAAGGGAUUUUUUGGUUAGACGCAUGGAAUUAGCUAAGAAUUUUAUUCGAACAAAUAUAGAACCCGAGUGGAUGGUUUUAUGUCUAUUACCAGUUCUUCCUCCCGAGUUGAGACCUAUUAUUCAGAUAGAUGGGGGUAAACUAAUGAGCUCGGAUAUUAAUGAACUCUAUAGAAGAGUUAUCUAUCGGAACAAUACUCUUAUCGAUCUAUUAACCACAAGUAGAUCUACGCCAGGGGAAUUAGUAAUGUGUCAGGAGAAAUUGGUACAAGAAGCCGUGGAUACACUUCUUGAUAAUGGAAUCCGCGGACAACCAAUGAGGGACGGUCAUAAUAAGGCUUACAAGUCGUUUUCAGAUGUAAUUGAAGGCAAAGAAGGAAGAUUUCGUGAGACACUGCUUAGCAAACGUGUUGAUUAUUCGGGGCGUAAACGCUUACUAAAAGACUUACUUUCAUUAGGCCAGCGUGAAACUAAGAAAGAGAGAUGUUCCUAA